CCGGGGCAGAGGCCAGCGAGGUAAGGUGCAUAGCCAGGGAGUAAAUGAGUGAGUGAGUCCAUCUAGUCAGUGUGUGUCUUGGUGUGCGCACGUACGUACAGACAUACAUGUAACGUACGGGACAUACAUAUCGAGGCAGCCAGGGAGGGAGGGACCCCACCAGACAGCGACACACAGCCAGACAUUCCUUCCAAGCCGCUCUAGCCAGAGGUACCCAUAUCAGCGCGGACACACACACGCACGGCUGUCUAUCAAUCACGUCUUCCUCCAACACACAAAACAGCUGCAUGCAUCCGCCGUGCUCUAUCGUGAUUUGCUCGGUUGGAGCCAAGUGCAGCUCUUCGCCCGCAACCAGGACCCUUAUGGCUGAGUUCUUGGCCGCAAGUAUCCAGGCAGCAUCGCAAAGAGCCGCACACCGACCACAAACCGUCACGAAGACAACAUCCAUCCUUUUAUCCAUCCAUCCAUCCGUCCAGGCAGACAGACGGGCAGGUAGGCAGGCAGGCAGGCAGGCAACCGAUUCCUCACUCAUCGGUCGGUCAAACCGAUGCACGCGCACAUCGCUGCACUUGACACUUAGUAAGGCAACAAGCUUGGAAACAAAACAGCGGGAAACCAGCUAGCUGUGCUGUAAGUGCGGCAGUGAGUGGGGCAAAAGCUGCAUGCGAGGCAAAGCAGUCAGUAGGCGGGCAGUGGCAACCAUGACGCUAGCAGACGGACGGACACAGGACCGAGCAAAGCAUGGAUGGUGUGUAAGCAAGAAGGUUGCCAAGGUCGCACACUGCCGGUGGGUAUGCAUGGAUGGAUGUCUGAGUGGAUGAGUGUGUGCGGGCUUGUGUGUCUGUCGGUCGGUCCAUCUAAUCUAAUCUCUCUCAGCUGCCCUCCUGUCCCAGGUUGAGCAUCUCCAUGUCCUCGCGCGCAGCAGCCUCGUCAGCCUAAAGCACACCCACCAUCCGUGACAUCCAUCCAUCCAUCCAUGCAGAGUAGCGCAUCUCUCUGAGUGAGUGUAUAGGUAGGUAUGGCCGACGGACGUGACGAAUGUGUGCCUCCUCACCUCCUGUUUGAGUUCCUCUAGGGUUUUCUUUUUGAGUUCGUACCACCACCGCUCGCGCUCCUCCUCGCGCCAACGAGCCAACGUGUCCGCAUCAGCAGCUGAUAGAUAGGAACACACACAUGCAUCAAAGACAAUGGUGGGCGGCCUGCCUUAGUGAGUGCUGUCUGUGUUAGUGCUGUCUGUGGUGCUGUGCUUGCUCACUUUCUCGCGGGUCCUCCCACUGUGUCGAUUUGGUCUCGUGGUUCUGGACACACCACCCACACGCGGCAGCACACACAUCCAUGCUCAUCAUCCUAUCCGUGCAUGGCAUGUAUCGUAUGUAUCUGUGUGUGUCACGUAUGUAUGCCAUGCAUGCCUUGAAGUAGCAUCUGCCUUGCGUGUCGAGGGCGGCAGACAUCAACGGAGGCAAACCUAAAAUACAAUUGCAUUACCACACAGCACACAGAGACUUGACUGACUUUUGCCCCGUCCACACCACACACUCGGUCUGUCUGUCUGUCUGUCUGUCGCUGUCCUUGGUUGCGCCGUACGUACCUCUUGGGUCGACGUAUGUGGUCUUUCGUGUGGGGUGGUAGGCGAAGUAGACCUCGCCCUGCGGACUCAGACGCAUCUCCCACCCUGACAGACAGACAGACAGACAUACACAGCCAUCCCAUCCAUGCAUUCAUUGCAUUGUGGCCGAUCAACCAACUGUCUGUUGGUACUGUUGUAGAUGCGCCGCGCCCUGCUGACUGACCGUGUGAGAGCCCCCGUGGGUCGAUGAAGGUCGUCUGGCGGGUCUUGUGAUACGCGUAGUACACACGACCUGCACACACACAGCAAACACAUCACACAUGGAUGGAUGGAAGGCUUCUUGACCCACCGCCCCACCAUCCCAUCCACCCAUCCACCGUCACGCACCAGAGUUGGGGUCGAUUCUCUGGUCCCAGUUCUCGGGCAGGAAACGGGGGUCCGUCUGCAGGCGGGAGAAGCGAGGCAAAGAUGCGAUCAAUGAGGGAGGCAUCGCAUCAUGGUGUCAGUCGACUGACGGCGGGAGUAGUACUUGGUCUGUGUCUUGUCUUACCCAGCAGGUGCAUUUGGAUCGAUGGUCCGCGAAGUAGGGCCGACCUGACAGCAGGUGAUGUGAAGACGGAUGCAAUCACUAUUGUCUGUCAGUAGUUCUCCCUGCUGACUGACCCGUCCUUCGGUCCUUCCGCAUCUCCCAGUUGGGCGGCAACUCAAUCUGCACACACAUCACAUACACGUGCUCAAGCGCACCAUUUUGCCCCCUCUUCUCUCUCUGCAGUGAAUGCAGUGGCCACUGCCUCCCGCACGCACCUACCUCUUCCAUGUAGUCCCACUGCGCCUGGAUCUCCUGCAGCUGUGCCUGCUGCAUGGGUGCACUGUGUGUGAGCUGCUGCUGGAUCUGGUCGCCGAUCGUCCCCUGCCCCGUGUUGGGCGUCAUCACCAUACCCUCCAUGCCAACGCCACCAGUCACAUCACCGCUGUCCGCAGGGGGACGCUGCACACAACAGGCAGGCAGGCAGACUCAGGGAGGAGGUUUCUGGUCUUGUGUGCGUGUUGGUGCUUCGAUGUGUAUGUUGGUUACGUCAGCUGCAGUGUCUUGUGCGUCGGGUUGUUGGUCAUGUGUCCCCUCGGGUGCCUGCUGCAGCGGCAUCCGGUGAGCCUGCAGUGGCAGCGUCGGGGGCGUCUGGUCAAAGCCACAACACAUACACACACUCAUUCAUUGGCUGCAUGCCGGCCGUUUUGUUCGUCUGUCUGUCAACUGCCGGCCCACCACCGCACUCACCCCCUGGCAGACGUUGGGGAAUGGUAUCCCGGCAAGUAGCAGGAAGCCGCCCUGUACUGUUGGUGCAGGGUGGUCUUGGUAGCUGCCGCCCGCCAGCUGGGCGUACUUGGGGCAGUUGCUGUACUCGAUCUCACCUGACACACAUAGCCACACACAGAGUUACAGUCAGACACACAACUCAUGAAUGCUGUCCAGCUGUGAGUGACGUGACGGUCUGGUGCUGGUCUGUGUGGCUACCGGUGAGCUCUCCAACGACAGCGUUGUUGUGGCGGACGGGCACUGAUUGUACCGACACAACCGCUCAUGUGCAGGGGUUACAGUGCUUGUAAGUUAAGGUGCUUUGUGGCCAUGUGGCCACCUACCUUGGAACGACACGGCGCCGUCCAUCUUGAAGUACUCACAAAACGACACCACAGCUACACACACACACACACACACACACAUCCAUCCAUCCAUCCGUGUGUCUGGUGUUGGGCGGCCUGACCUUCUCCUAGAAGCUGUUCCUGCUGGUCGAGCACCUGGAACCUAAGAUGCUCAUUCUCCUCAGGCCCCACCAGGUCCCACUAAGACAGCGACCCACACACACACAUAGAGAAGACAUGGAUUGGAUACGCUGCAGCAUGGAAGAUGGACGUGCCCACUGCACUGACCAGUGUGGUUUCGAAGGUCAUCGAUUUGGGGUCGCUCCACUUGCCAUCCUGACACACGAAGAGAGAGCGAAGAGAAGAGAAGAGAAGCCGUCUGGUUGUGGUGCUGCGUCGUCUUGUGCGCACAGGUGAGUAUGGGUGUUGGGCCUGCAGCGUGCCCUCCAUCGAUGGGAACACAUGGAUGGCCGCACCAGCCGGCUGACCCUGAAGCGGAGCGGAUCGGAUACACACAUGUGACGUGCAUGCGACCAACAAGCAGGACACUCGCGUGUGUCAGCCUAGCACGUGUUGCUGGUUGGCGGUGCGGUUGUCUUGCCUGCCCUGCAUACCUUGAGUGUGAGUGAGAGGUUGUUGGUGCUGACCGUCACCUCCGACAUCAUCUUCAUCACACAAAUAAACUUCAAAGUACCCUGAAUAUACACAUACAUACGCAAACACAUCCAUGCCAUGCCAUGCCAUGCACUCCUCUCCCCCCCUCCGCUCCCUUCCCACGCCGUCUGUGUGUCUGUUCGUGCAGUGUCGCCCAAUUAUCAGCAACCCCACUCACCGCGGGUUUCUGUUGGUCUUUUAGUGUGAGUGUGUAGUAUCGCGGCCCCGUGGCCAGCGUGAAGAGGUCCACAGACGUCUCCCCGAUGAAGUCAGCACCACCUACCAUGUUGUGGUCGUAACAAGAGAUCUUCAGACGCUUCCUACAAACACAGCCAGCCAACAGGCAACAGAGAGAGAGAGAGAGAGAGAGAGAGGGAGAGAGUGCCGGCUGAGGUGUGUUGGGUGUCUGACGUCUGUCCUUCCCCCGUCCAGCCCAGCCCCACACACAGACCGACCGACCGACCGUUGCAGCUUGUCGAGGAAUUUGGUCCUGUAUGUGAACCGCUUCUGGAAGCCCCAUUGGGGAUUCAAGUUGCGCACCUCCUUAUCGGUCUGACAACACACACACAAUCAUGCAUACCAGACACACAUUCAAUGCCUGCCUGCCUGCCUUUUUGUGCGUCUGUCUGUCUGUCAGCCACCUUGAAGAGUUUGAAGUUGUCGAAGUCGAUCUUGAGGUAGGGGUCCGAUGUGCCGCUGCGGUCUUUGGCGGGCAGCCCGCGGGCAGAGAAAUCCAACAUCUGCACGUCAAACUUGUACUGAGUACCCAUUCUCACGAACGAAGGGCGUCCGGCGGGGUUGACGGGAUGAGGGCGAAAUGAAAGGCUUCACAACGGUCGGGUGGUGGUGAGGAGGGAGAAAUACCACAGACGGUGCGGUUGGGCCUCUCGGAGAGGGAGGGGAAGAGAGAAGCCGGCAGGGGGUCGAUGAGUGGUGGGUGGCUGCUUGGCUGAUCCCACGAGGGGCUGAUCACGACAAACGACAAACGAGAUCUUGUGCCAGGCGCAGGCAGGGGUGCAGGGAAGAGGUUGGGAUUGUU